GUCAAAUAUUAAUUCAAAAAUUAUUGAAAAGUUAUUUGUCGUAUUUUGUCACUUAUAAUUGUAAUUUACCUAUUGAUUAUGUUUGAUAAAAUUAAAUACGGUAAGAUUUGCUUUAAAAAUGUUUUUAACCAGAAACGAUUUAUAUGGGAAAAUAUGAGAUACCAAUCAACAAAGCCGUCAGAGUCUAAAACGAGUAUUCAUAAAGAAAUAUCUAAUGUUAAAGUAACUCCGUUGAACGAAGAAGCAAUAAAGGAGAUCUGUCCUGCACCACGAAUUAUGCCAAUGAUUUUACCUAAGGAUCCAGUGGUUUUAUCAUUUGAAGAAGUUCCAGGGCCUAGGUCGUUAAAAUAUUUAGCCAGUUUCCGUCAGUAUAUUUCAGACAUUGGUACACAGAUUACGGCAGGCCUGUUAACAAUAGGACUAAAUGCUGGUGCACAUUUCUACAAAAAGAAACCAAUGCGGAGUUUAUCAACAUUAUUCGACGAAUAUGGCCCUGUUGUGCGUUUUGUUAGUCCGGUAGGCGGAGAUGUGGUACUCAUCAAUCGUCCAGAUCACAUAAAAAAAGUAUACAACAUGGAAGGUCAUCAUCCAGUUAGAUCGGCUUUGGAUUCCUUGGAGAGAUAUAGGUCGGAAUGCAGAAGUCACGUCUAUGGUGGGAUUUAUGCAAUCCAUGGACCAGAGUGGACGCGUCGUAGGUCGGUGAUGGACGUUCCGUUACAAGAUGCCAUCACGCAACACGUGCAGGGCAUCUGUGAAUCUUGCGACAUGUUUACGCAGAAAAUAUACAACAUGCGAAAUUAUCAAGAUGAGAUACCGAAAGAUUUAGUAGAUGAGUUAAAUAAAUGGGCAUUUGACUGUAUGGGUUUGAUUAUAUUUUCGAAAAAGUUUGAAAUGUUAGACAAGGAGCUGAUAUACAGCCAGUGCGAUAUGUCGUGGCUGUACCACAGUCUGGUGAAGGCGAGCGAAGCGAUCGCCAGGUGCGAGAGCGGCAUGCACAUGUGGAAACUCCUGCCCACGCCCGCUUGGUACUCCCUCAUCAAAUACUGCGACAGCUUGGACAAUUUGAUUGGCAAGCAUGUCCUAGAAGUGGAGCAAAAUAUUGCGCUAAGUAAUGAAAAAGACAAAUUCAAGGAUGGUAAUCCCUUCAUCGGGUCGAUGUUACUCGGUGAAGAGAAAAUGAAUGUGGAGGAUAUUGCAACGGUCGUCAUGGACAUGCUUUUGAUUGGUGUUAACACGAUAACUUCGGCGUUAUCGUUUUCACUGUACUUCAUAGCGAAGCAUCAAAGAGUACAGAGAUUACUUUACCAAGAAAUAGAACAAAACUUCACCCCAGAAUUAUUAUCAAAAGAUAUCAAUACAUUCAAAGAAAGAAUGCCAUAUGUCCAGGCUACCAUCAAGGAAACAUUAAGAUUGACUCCACCAAUACCGUUGUUAACAAGAAUCUUACCAAAGAAUAUAGUUUUAGAUAGCUAUAAUAUACCGCGAGGUACGCUCAUAAUGAUGUCAAUACAAGACGCCGCGCUCAAAGAGAACAACUUCGAUGACGCCGCAAAGUUCUACCCCGAGCGGUGGCUGGACGAAGAGUCCAAGUACAAUCACGAAUUCGGAUCGAUAUCUUUUGGUUACGGCGCAAGGAAAUGUUUAGGGCAAAAUAUUGCGGAAGUGAUGGCAACACUGCUGAUUACUAAGGUAUUACAAAAGUACAAGCUGGAGUAUCACUACGGCGAUAUCGAACCUACUCGAAGUUUUAUCGCCAAACCAAAUAAGCCUUUGAAAAUAAGAUUUAUAGAUAGAGGAUGAAGGGUAAUGAGAAAAGUUAUGCCAUUUUAAGAUUUACAAAUUAGUUCUUGUCUUUUUCGCCUUAAGUAUGUUAUAAUAAAAUUUGUAUUUAUUGAAUUGUUUUAA